AUGAUCGAUGCGCAUCGGAUCUUCCACAUCAAGAUCACGGCUAGCAAGACAGGAUCCGUUUUGACGAACAGCCUCAUCACAACGCCCAGCACCACGGCCUUCACGGGGUCCAUGACAGCAAGCGACGACGUCCUUGUCAUAGGUUCUCGUCGGAACCGCCUUAUAUUUCGCAUGUCAUUUUUGGGAAAAGGCGUGGGCGAUCAGCGACAACAGACACGACGAUCAGCACAUAUGAGAGCCCGGCGUCAUCAGAUCUUUCACUGUGCAGGAGGAAGCCUUGGGGCGCUCCACUACGUGCUGAAGGCACGGUGGCGGACGUUGUGCGGCCACAGCUGGGCGACAGACCGUCACAGGCGGUCGAUGACAAACCCGUGA